AUGUAUAGUUAUUUAAAAACAGUGACAUCAAUUUCGGCAAAUGAACUAGUUUUUUUAUUAAAAUCAAUAGUAUAUCAUAAAAAGACAAAGGAACUUGGUGAAUUUUUUAUUAAUGAGGUUAUUUCAGUUUCGUUUUCAAAUUUUAAAAUUAUAGAAUUGGUUAAUACAAUAUUGGAAUAUAACGAUUUAGAAAUGUUAAAGUAUCUGUUAAAGAAAUUAAGUUUAGAAGAUCAACAUCAUGUAAAUAGUGAAUUUAUAGAAAUUUAUGGAUAUAAAAUUAAAAAGGAGAAUAUUGAAAACUAUGUAAAGGGGACAAAGUUUUUUAAUUUAGGAUCGACUUUAGAUGAAUUCAUUAUUCAAGGCUUUAUAUCUAUGGGAAAUAAAUCAAAUGUUCAAGAAUGUAUUAUUAAAAGUCGAAAAGUUGCGGAAUUUUUAGCCACCAACUACAACAACUGCGGUUUUACUUUUAGAUUUAGCAUAGGUUGUUUAAUGAACAAUUUAUCAAAUAAACAAGUAUUUGGAAAUAUACCUAUUCAAUGGCAUACAUUUGGCCCAAUUACCAGCAUUGAAAAACUAAACUACUUUAGGGAGCAAGGUUAUCAGCUUUUUGACACCUGCUUUGAAGAUUCAUUUAACGGUGAUUUAAAUCUUUUAGUAGAAUUUUACAAAUACACAAAUUCAAUACCAUCAUUUCAAACUUUGUUAAAUCUGGCAACUCUAGGCUAUUUUGACAUGGUACAAUAUAUUUUAACCACAUAUCCAAAUACAUAUGCACUUCAUGAAUUGGUCACAGUUUUACAACAUUGUCUACAACAAAAAGAGAUCAUUAGAACCAUCAAUACUCUUUCGAAAGCCAUUACAAAUAGGCGAAUUCUUAAAGGCCGAACUUCUAUACCUCUCAACUUUGAAAAUAGAAAAGUUUUUUUUUCAGCUCUCAACAAAAUCCCAAACUUAAUCGAAGAAUUGGAAAGUUCAGGUAAAAUAGAUCCGUUUUACUAUAGCAGUUUUAAUUGUGGUGAGACUACCCAUGCCCAAUACCUAAAUCCUCAAAACCUCACCAUUUAUAUUCCAAAACACCUGUUUAAAGAAGUUGACUCCUCAAUUCAAAAAAUUGUGAAUAAAUACAGGAAGAACACCAACGAAUAUUUAGAGUUUAUUUUCAGCUAUGAUCCUUUACAAAAAACAAAUUUAGACAUUCAUUUCAAAAUGUUUUUGUUUUUAAUUUAUCAUGAUGUAAUAACAACCAAAAGUAUCAAAAGAUUAAUCAUAAUUGCAAUUAGAAAGAAUUUACCAUUAAUCAUAGAUUUAGUUUUAAUGAUAGGCCCUUUCAAAAAACAAGGAUUUAAAAACCUAUACAGUUUAUCAAAUAUAUCUUUAUCAAGCUAUUUAAAUGAAGUUCAUUAUUUAAUAUUUUUCCACACUCUAGAAGUAUUGGGAAUGCUACAUAGACAACCAAUCUCAGCUAACUUUGAUUAUUUUAAUGACAACAACACAAACCAUCUAUCAAUAAUUCAGUAUUUAGUCGAUAUUAAUUACCAAUACUAUAAUGAACAUUCAAAUCAAUUUAGUUUUGUUCGCAAUGCCAAAGAAAAUAAGGUUAUUAAAUAUUUUACUUUACCACAUCCCAUAAAAAUAUAUUUGAAAAAUGUUGGUUUAUUAGGCUUAAAUUGUUUAGAUUCCAAGGAUACCAAUAAUGAUAUAAUUCAAAUUAAAGAUUCAAAUGAAAACCGUGUCAAUUUCGAUUUAAAGUUUGAGUUAUAA